UUUGCUUUUGGGUGUGGCUUGGAAUGGAGAAGAGAGAAUGGCGAUUAUGGGGGUUGCUGCAAAGUGUGAAUUCCCUGCAAUUUUCAACUUUGGAGAUUCAAACUCUGAUACAGGCGGCCUUUCUGCGUCUUUUAACGAGGUUUCCCCUCCUCACGGUGAGACCUUCUUCAGCAAGCCUAUGGGGAGGAUGUGCGACGGCCGUUUGUUGAUAGAUUUCAUUGCUGAGAGCUUGGGAUUGCCAUACUUGACUGCAUACUUAGACUCUUUGGGGGACGGUUUUCAGCAUGGUGCGAAUUUCGCAACAGCUGGGUCCACAAUUCGACCACAAAAUGUCACUUUGUUUGACGGUGGGGUGAGCCCCUUCUCCUUGAACAUACAAAUGUCACAAUUCAACCAGUUCAAAUCUAGAUCAGACGCCCUUUACUUCAAAGAGAAUGCAGUAAAGGGAAACGUCCCAGCGCCUGAGGACUUCUCCAAGGCAUUUUAUACUUUUGACAUAGGCCAAAAUGAUCUUGGUGCUGGAUUCCGAGCUACGUCAGACGAUCAAGUUCGAGCUUCGAUCCCCAAUAUCCUCGCCGGCCUGUCACAAGCAAUCCAAUUUCUCUAUGGACAAGGGGCACGAACUUUUUGGAUUCAUAACACUGGUCCAAUUGGGUGCCUACCAAUUUCAGUUAUAUAUUAUCCUUUGAAGCCCCAGAAUAUUGAUAAAUAUGGUUGUGUAUACACACAAAACGACGUGGCUCAAGAGUACAAUAGGCAACUCAAAGUAAUGGUUUACCAGCUUAGGAAUCAACUCCCUCUUGCUGCACUCACUUAUGUGGAUGUCUACUCCGCCAAAUUUUACCUCAUCACUCAUGCCAACGAGCAAGGAUUUGUUGAUCCACUGAAGUUCUGUUGUGGAUUUGGGAAGGACGGCUACAAUGCUUGGUGUGGAACGUCAACAUAUGUGAAUGGGAGUACGGUUUAUGAUGUAUGUGAUAAGGCAUCAAUGUAUGUGAGUUGGGAUGGGACUCACUACUCCGAAGCCGCAAACCGUUGGAUAGCAAACGACAUCUUCAACGGCCAAUUAUCAGAACCUCCACUUCCAUUGAUUCAAGCUUGCCAACGGUCUCCAUAAAACCCGAA